CCAACCCAUUUCCAUUAUCGUACUUCCCUCUUCCACAGAUCGCUGCAACUUCGAAUUCCACCAACAAAACACACACAGAUCAAUAAAGCUUCAAACCUUUGAACAAGUUUUUUUGCCUCCGGAGUUUAACACUCUCAUUAAACCAGCAUUUGCACCUUCUUCAUCCAGAUCUCGAAGAUAACGAUGAAUCCAGACGCUGUAAAGUCCACUCUCACCAAUCUCGCGUUUGGAAACGUAAUAGCAGCCGCCGCUCGUAAUUAUCAAAAGGAAUUGCUCAGUGAAGAGAAGGCAGCACAAUCAAGUUCUGUAAACGAGGAGGUUGACCUUGAUGAUUUGAUGGAUGAUCCCGAGUUGGAAAAAUUGCAUGCGGACAGGAUUGCAGCUUUUAAGAAAGAAGCAGAGAAACGGGAGGCAUGGAAGAAGAAAGGUCAUGGGGAAUUUAGGGAGGUAAAUGAAGGGGAUUUCUUGGGUGAAGUCACUGGAAGUGAAAAAGUGAUCUGUCACUUCUACCAUAAGGAGUUCUAUCGAUGCAAGAUAAUGGAUAAGCACUUAAAGUCCCUUUCAACAAAACAUAUUGAUACAAAGUUCAUCAGGCUCGAUGCAGAGAAUGCACCGUUCUUUGUUACAAAAUUGGCAAUCAAAACUUUGCCUUGUGUCAUACUCUUCAGACAAGGAGUCGCAGUAGAUAGAUUGGUAGGUUUUCAAGAUUUGGGAGCAAAAGAUGAUUUUACCACAAGAAAACUGGAGGUUCUGCUGAUAAAGAAAGGUAUUAUUGCCGAGAAAAAGGAUGUGGAUGAGGAAGAUCAAGAAUAUGAUGAAAGUAAACGAAGAAGUGUUAGAUCCUCAGCGGCCGCCGAUUCUGACUCUGAAUAAAAUUAAUCAUUCGGCAGCAUCAUGAAAAAAAGAGAGUGGAGUUUAGCUUGUUCAUAUCUUCUUGGAUUUCUGGCGUGUAUAAUCAUUGUUACAUUUUCUUUUUGUUUGCUUAUACUAGUAAUUUAUAUGCGGGGGUUAAUGUAUUGCAUUCCUAGGUAGAGUGUAACGCCACUUGUGUAUGAACUUUUUAUUUAAGCACUAACUCCCACCAAAAAGUUGCUACGAGUUCUCCCAUCUUAGGGUAGUAAAUGGAAGAUAAUGACUCUUUCUUGAA